AGAAAACCUCCUUCUUCAGAGUAGAAGUAGUACAAGUACUACGUUAUGCAGAAUAGUAUAUAUUAUUAUAUUAUAAUGGAGCAGCUGGUGGAAAUGGAGCUAUUGUAAUCAAACAAUAAAUAUUAAGUGAAGUAACUUGUGUUAUAAAAUAAAUGUAGAAUCGGAUUAAGUACAUUGGUGUAGUAACAUAGUCUGACCACUAGAGAGCAGUGAACACCUGUCUCUCUCUCCUCUUCCUCUUCUCCCUCUCUUCCUCAUCACUCCGUCUGGACUCAACCGCUCUGAGACUGCAGACAACACACCUGUCUGCCUGCCUGCCUGCCUGUCUGUCUGCCUGCCUGUCUGCCUGUCUGUCUGCCUGUCUGUCUUCAGCAGUGAGACAUGAAGAAGAAGCAGACGCUUGGUUUUCUGCUCUGGGUGUGUGUGUGCUGUGUGUGCAGCUGGCACGACCUCGACAACAGAGAGUACGACUGUUGGCCUCUCGACCAACCAGACGAGUACAACAUGAUGGACUGUGGAGGUCUAGAGAUGUCCUGGGUGGUCCGUCCUCCAGAGACGGUGAAGAGCGGGGAGUUUUUCAGCGUCACGUAUUCAGUGACGGCUACGGACUCGUUCUACCACUGGGCUGUGGAGAACCACAUCUUCUCCCACAGCUCCAUAUCAAACGCAGACGCAGCUCGGAGGUUUUGUGAACAUCUGGACUGUCCGUCCAACUGGAAAGACGCUGACGGAGACAACUGCUGCAUUCACCACGCAAACAUCCACUCCUGUCCGCUCGGGCACAUGACAGAGAGCAUCUGUGGUCCCUGGAUACCCGACGACGGGAAGAUCUUCACUCACACCAUCUCCACCUCGGGAAAGAUGACCCAGAACAACUGGACCGCCAAGGUGGUUCUGUUCCACGCCGGCUUGACCUCGCUCAUCGCUCACAUACGAGUCGGUCGCAUGCAGGUCGCUCUGGAGGCCAAGAGCACGGUGCAGCCGGCUGUCGUGUGUGGCGAUGGCGUCUGUGAGGAGGCGGAGCUUUGUUCCACCUGUUCAGCCGACUGUGGUGAAUGCCCAAUGGCCGCGACCACCAAGCUGGCCAUCGGCCUGCCACUCAGCCUGCUCUGCCUCUGCUUCGGACUGACGGCUGUGUGGCUGAGGUACCAGAAACGGAAGCUGUUGUGGGACGAGAGCUGGAUCAUCGACUUCACCAAGAUAAAACAAGAUCAGGAGGGUCGUGUGACCAUGGGCAGUAUCAUGAGUGUACCGGUGGGGAACAGCGACAGUAACACCAGCUGUGUGACGGCUCUCAGCUGCAACACGGGACAACCGGGGGCCCGAAGAACCCUGUUCACCUGCACAGGGAUCUAUGAUGGCAGGACGGUGGCCAUCAAGAGGAUUCAAACGAAGACGUUCUAUCUGUCCAAAACCAUCAGACAGGAAGUCAAACAAGUCAGGGAGCUCGAUCACCCAAACCUCUGUAAGUUUAUUGGCGGUUGUGUUGAGGUGCCGGACGUUGCCAUCGUGACAGAGUACUGCCCCAAAGGAAGCCUGAACGACGUUCUCCUUAACGAGGAGGUCCCGCUCAACUGGGGCUUCAGGUUUUCGUUUGCCACGGACAUCGCCAGAGGGACGUCGUACCUGCACCAACACCGGAUCUGUCACGGCCGACUCAAGUCUCUGAACUGUGUGUUGGACGACCGCUGGGUCUGCAAGAUUACAGAUUACGGGCUGACGACGUAUCGCAGGGACGACGCCGCCGAGCCUCUUUCCUCCUAUCAGCAAAGAGUCCUGGAGGUUUACAUGCCGCCCGAGUUUCAGAACUCGAACAUGGAGCCGACGCUGGCUGGAGACGUGUUCAGUUAUUCCAUCAUUCUGCUGGAGAUCGCCACUCGCAGCGACCCCGUCCCAGUGGAGGAGUCGAGUCUGGAGAGUUCCUGGUGUCCUCCUCUACCUGAGCUGAUCUCCAGUAAAGCAGACAGCACCUGUCCGUGUCCUGCUGACUACGUAGAGCUGAUCCGCCGAUGUCGCUCUCAAAACCCCGUCCACCGACCCACCUUUGAACAAAUUAAGAAGUUUGUUCACCGAAUCAACCCGAUCAAAGUCAGCCCGGUGGACAUGAUGAUGACCCUGAUGGAGAAGUACAGUAAACAUCUGGAGGUGCUGGUGACGGAGCGGACGCAGGAUCUAACGCACGAGAAACAGAAGACCGACAGGCUGCUUUAUAGUAUGCUUCCUAAACAGGUAGCUGAUGACCUGCGGCAGGGAAAACCAAUGCAGGCUCAGAGCUACGUCAGCGCCACCAUCUUCUUCAGUGAUAUCGUGGGCUUCACUCAGCUGUCCAGCAGCAGCACUCCUUACCAGGUCGUAGACUUCCUCAACAAGCUCUACACAACGUUUGACGACAUCAUCGACAACUACGACGUCUACAAGGUGGAGACCAUCGGAGACGCCUACAUGGUGGUCUCCGGAGUUCCCCUGGAGAACGGGAUCCUCCACGCUGCAGAGAUCGCCAGCAUGGCUCUGGACCUGGUGGGCGUCUGUCGCACCUUCAGGAUCCCCCACAAACCCAACACACAGCUGCAGAUACGAGCCGGGAUACACUCUGGUCCGGUGGUGGCCGGCGUCGUGGGGACGAAGAUGCCUCGUUACUGUUUGUUUGGAGACACAGUGAACACAUCGUCCAGGAUGGAGUCCACCAGUCUGGCCCUGAAGAUUCAGUGCAGCUCCAGUACGUUCUACCUGCUGGAGGAGAUCGGAGGCUACCUGCUGGAGUGCAGAGGGAUGAUGCAGGUCAAGGGGAAAGGGGACAUGGUGACUUACUGGUUGGAGGGGAAGAAGACGUCUCUGGACUCGGCCUGAUGCCCGAAGAGGCUCCUGAAGAGCGAAGCGUUUGUGUCUUUGUUUGUGUUGACAGUUUUAGGAAAAUGUGUUUACUGUUUAGCAUUUUCCCAACGAGAUGUAAACAAAAGAAAACCAGUUUCCUGUGUUCAUGUUGGGAUGUUUGUAGUUUUAAUGAGCUGAGGCCCUGAAUAUCUUUACAUUUUAGGCACAAAAUAUGAUUCAAAUGAAAACGAUGAAUUCUUCAGACAUUUCCAGCUGAAAGCGGCUCAUUAACAUCUGUUUGAAUAUUCAUGUCACCGUGCCGACAACACAUGAAGCUUUGUUUAACCUCUUACUCUUUAAAUGUCAUGAACAGAUGUCUAAUGUGAUUACAGCGAAUAUGAAGGAUUCUACAUGAGAACUAGAGGACUGCCUCCUCUCACCUUUCAGUUCACGUGUCACGUCCUUAUUUUAUCCUUUUAGAUAUUUGUGUUAAAUUAAAAGCAUAUGAAUUCUUGACU